AUGGAGCGCCACCAUGUCUUCCUACUCACCAGCCUGGCUGUAACAGUCUACCUGUUUGUUGUCCGUCUUUUGCGAUACCAACGGAGGGACUCGAUACCUCGCACAUAUGGCAUGGUCGACCGUAGCGACUUCCCCAAGAUGUCCGCCGAUAAGGCGCAAGCCAUCCUCAGCGACUUGAUUGAGAUAGAGUUCCCUACACUCUGGCGCCAGAGCAUCAUCUUCGCCAUCUUCAAGACUUACGGUAUUCCGACAAUUGCGCAAUUACUUGCAAACACCUCCGAACUACAAGGGACAGAGACCGCCUCUAAACGUGUCGCUGACACCGGCGUACUGAUAAAAGAAAUGACACUCAAUCCGUCUUCCUCGCCUCGUACGUUGCAAGCUAUUGCACGCAUGAACUACUUGCACUCUCGUUACAUUAAGGCUGGCAAGAUCAGCAACGAUGACAUGGUAUACACCUUAGGCUUGUUUGCCCUAGAACCUACUCGCUGGAUAGGCAAGUAUGAGUGGCGACAACUAACAGAUGUUGAGCUAUGCGCUCUGGGCACCUUCUGGAAAGACGUUGGUGACAAGAUGGAGAUCGACUACUCUCCACUACCCUCUGCUAGCGAAGGCUGGCAGGAUGGGCUGCACUGGCUCACAGAGAUGCGAGUCUGGGGCGAGAAGUACGAAGAAAACCACAUGAUUGCGGCCGAGCCGAAUGCGAAGCUCACACGUGCCCUUGUCGACAUACUUUUUGACGGGAUGCCGCAGAGCAUCAAAUCUAUCGGUACGUUGGUCGUUGCAGCAGUUGUGCCGGAGCGGUUGAGGAUAGCUACUAUGCUGCCAACUCCACCGCAGGUUUACGUGAUCGGCUUUCAGACUAUCAUGUACUUGAGGAAGCUGGUGUUGCGGUAUCUUUUGCUACCCAGGCCCGAAUUUCUCCGUGUGGUAAACAUCUCACGAAAGCCGGAGCCUAGUGGCAGAUACACGAACGAGGAAUGGCUCACGCACCCUUGGUACGUGAAAGCUACACUUUGGAGACGUUGGGGUCCAAAUGCGUGGAUUGGGAGGUUGCAGGGUAGUAAGCUUCCUGGCGACGAUGGUGAGAAGUACUACCCUCAAGGCUACUUGAUUGCUGAGGUGGGUCCAAAACGGACGGAGAAGCAAGGUGGCGUAGAGAUGCGGGCGGAUGUUGACAAGAUGCACGCGAGGUUUGGAAGCUGCCCGUUUGCGAUGUCGCUCAAGGCUUGA